AUGUUGCCAUCUAAAUUUGGUGGGUGUAAAAUUCGAUCAGAGGUUUGGAAGCACUUUGUUAAGGAGUCUAUCUCGGAAAAGAAAGCUAAAUGCAACUAUUGUAGUUGCUUGGUCUUGUACAAACAUGGAACACAGAGCAUGAAAAGCCAUUUGAUGAGAUGCUACUCUAAUCCAGAUAAUAUUAGAAACAGGAUUCAUAAAAGUAGAAACAAAUGUCAUAAAUCUGUUCCAUUCUCAACAACAGCUACUCCAUCAAAUGAACAAGUUCACAAAGUUCUCCUGAAAGUUUUGGUGGACAAAGGCAAAAACAAAGUUGUGUUUGCUGAGGCAGGGAAGGAUUUUGUCGAUGCUCUCUUGAGCUUCUUAACAUUGCCUUUAGGAACUGUUGCUAGACUCGUGGGUAAGGAGUCAAACAUACAACCGGUGAGAGUUGGCAGCCUGAGUUCAUUGUAUCAAAGUGUGGCAGAUCUUGAAGAAAAGCAUCUAUGGACACGGACCUGCAAAGAAAUGCUACUACAGCCAAGGAAAUCAAUGGAACCUUAUUGUCAACAGCUGAAACUGAACAUUGAUGACACGAACCCCACGAAGUACUUCAUUUGUGAGAACUGGGAUUGUAGUAGAAAGUUAAGUGGGAGCCUUUUAAGCACUUUUAGGAAUCAAAGAUGCAAUUGCGGAAAACUAAUGAACAGAAUAAUAUCCCCAGCGAAUUUGACUCUAGAAAAUGGCUUUGUUAAUGAGUCUGCUACUUUUAUCAUUUGUGACGAUCUCUAUGUGAUGCCUAAUGUUGUUGGAACAAGUAUAGGUCUGCUUAAGAAGCUUGGAAUCGAUGACAUGGAUGCUCUUCAGGAACAAACUGUAGUUAUCAGCAAGAAGGAGGUAUGUUUUUUCAGCUUGUUAUCAUAUUUGCUGUUGAUAAUUUUUUCACUCUCUCAUUGAUUAGUUCAUCUUUGAUUUGUGUAGGUAGUGGAUCUGCUCAAGUUUUCAUUGCUCUCAAAGACUCCUCUGAGUUACUUUAUCUUAGAGAAGAAACAAUGGCAAAUGGUUGUGAAAUUACUGGUAAGAAAAUCUAACAGCAAGAUUCUGUUUGCUGAAGCAGAGGAAGAUUUUGCUGACUUUCUUUUUAGUUUUCUCACCUUCCCCUUGGGAGGAGUGUUGCACAUGCUAGAAGAAUUCUCUUCUUUGAGCUGUGUUGAUAAAUUAUUUAAGAGUAUGACUGAAUUGAGUUCAGACAGAUAUUUAAGCUCACAGGGACUGAAAGACAAACUAGCUAACCCUCAGUGUGCCCCGCAAUUUAAGCUCAAAUUAUCAAGUCCUCGAGGAUUUGCCAAAGGACCAUCAAUGUACAUGGUGACAGAUGACUUGGUUGUGACUCCAAUGUCGUCCAUCUCUACUGUUUCAUAUCUAAAUAGAUCAAAAGUCUCCCUCUCUGACUUGGAGGAAAGGGUCAUCAGCGUUGGUCUGAAGGAGGGUCUCAGCAUACUAAAAGCUUCAUUGACCUCAACAUCUGCUUUGACAAACGGUCUCCGCCAAUAUUUGAAAACCAUCAAUGUCUGCUACUACCCUAACCUCAAACGAGCUCGCCAGAAGCUCCUCGAAUGCACCGGCAUAUUCUUCCUCGACGGCGACAUCAACGACGCCGCACUCCUCCGAAAGCUCUUCGACGUGGUGCUGUUCACCCACGUGAUGCACCUCACGACGCAAGUUGGGGUCCGCUACACUAUGCAGAAUCCUGGAUCCUAUCCUGGAUCCUAUCUGCACAGCAACAUCUUAGGGUUCGUGAGCCUUCUAGAAGCGUGCAAUUCGGCGAACCCUCAUCUCGCCAUUGUUUGGGCUUCCACGAUCUCCGUUUACAGUCUCAAUUUGAAGGCUUGUCAACAUAAUGGAGAAGCUUCUGAAAACCAAGGCAAAGAAUAG